AUGGCAUUUGCGAGAUCUUCAUCGCAAUUGCUAAGAAGGCCUGGGCCAGCAGGGUUCGCAAAUGCAAACCAACCUUCCAAAAUGCGAAGUAGUCAGGGAAGGGUGGGUCAUCGCAAUUGCGACUUUGCAUUUGCGACAGUAGCAGAAAUGCAUCUGCGGCAUAUUCGAGUUUGGGGUUGUCCGGCACAUGUGCUGAAAGGGAAAACAGAUAAAUUGGAGGCAAGAACGGAUGUAUGCGUGUUUGUAGGUUAUCCAAAAGGAAAGAAAGGUGGUUUAUUCUAUUGUCCUAAAGAGAAGAAGGUAAUUGUUAGCACAAAUGCCAAGUUUCUUGAAGAGGACUAUUUGAUGAACCAUGUUCCUAGAAGUAAACUUGUUUUACAGGAACUUAGCAAAGGAGUGGAACCUCAGUCAUCUGAUAAACAAAACGACCAGAUGCAAACCCCGGAAGUUGAUAUUGACAUACAAUUGCAUUUUAGUAGUGGGAGAAAUGUCAAUAGACAUGAUGUCCCGCAAGAAAAAGUGCCCGAAGUCAUACUACCACAAAGUAGUGGGAGUUAUAUUGAGCAGAUUGCACAACAGGAAGAAGUCGUUGAUAUCCCUGUGGAUAGCAUGAAGACUCAGGUUCCUGAUGAUGAUGUGGUUCAACCACAAAAUCAAAAAGGUAUAGUUACAACUGAUGUAGUGCAUAGUCGUGGUGGAAGAGAAAUAAGACAGCCAGUUCGUUAUACGAUCUUAAAAUCUUGA